AUGGAGUCUCACAAAAAGUCCUCACCACGGAGAGUGCUCGUUCUGUGCUUCGACGGCACAGGAAACACAUUCCGUGUCGAUGGCGCGGAGGCCAAUAUUUUGAAAAUCUUCAGAAUGGUUGAUCGCACCGAAGACGAGCAAAGAAGCCUUUGCCACCUGGAAAUUGAGCAGUUCGCACAAGACGACGGAGCGGCAGACUGCGUUCGUCUUUCUCAAAGCCUGCCGGGAGACCAUUUGCCGUCCGUUUGGUUCCCAGGAGACCACGCCGAUAUUGGCGGUGGCUGGCAACCGGGCGACGAAGAGCAAUGGUCCCUAAGUCAUGCUCCUCUUGUCUGGAUGUUUGGUCAAGGGCUGCCCCCUGCGUCAGUCUUGUUGUGGCGCGUGAUGGAGUAUCUCCCGUUGGGACGGAUGCACUUGCAAGCCGAUGGCUCGUGGAACCUGGUCCAUUGGCCGCUCCCUUGCGGAGCUGUUCGUGACAUUCCAAAGGAGGCCGAGAUCCAUGCCUCCGAAAUCCGCUGA